CAAAGAAUGGCAGUUCUUCUCUUCGUCUUCCCGCCCAUCGGCCACCAUGGGCAGAAGACCCAGAACUCGAAGCAAGUCCGCCUCUGCCACUCCCCCCUCCAUUCCCUUCAACGCCGACCGGAAGCCGAUCGCCACCGCCACGACGCCAAAAACUCCGGUUACCUGUUCCACAUCCAUCAUUCCUUCCACACUCAAAUCAGUUUUCCUGGACGAUUGGUGGCUGGUAAAGGCUAACGACGGCGAGGGCUUGGCUAUCGGAGGGUUUGCAUCCAGAGAGAGAGCUGGGAUAAGAGCAUUUUAUUCUGCAGCGAUUUCUAAGAGACACGAAACCACUGUACUCGAGGCAACUGAUGGGAUUAUCAUUUCAGUCAGUGGCUUCAUAAAUAGAUCACGAACACAUGAAAAUGGCUUUCCACCAAAGGUGUACAAUCAUUUCCUUCUUGGCUUUCCCUUCAAUUGGAAAGACUAUAUGGGUUCUAGUUCAGAUAAAAAAUCUUCUUUUGAGUGUUUUAAAGCAAGUACUUCUCGUUCUGACGAUCAAGGUACAAGUCAUAAUUUAGAACCUGACUUGGAUAAGCUUGCAGUAGCUAGGUUGCGAGACCUCUCCUUGUCCACUUAUGGAGAAACUAAUUAUGGCUUCUUUAUGAACUCAAAUUCAAGUUGUAGUCCAACACAAGAUUUAAAAUCUGGACUAGAGACCCCGCUCAAGGAGCAAAGUUUCUGGAAUGAGGGGAAGAAUGAUGAUGUAAAGGAUUCCUUGCACGCUAGUCAAGAAGCUAAGGUGGACAUGAACCUCCAGAUUCGAGGAAGACAAGGUGUUUGUACAAGAAGCAUGACAAAGUUGAAAAAUACUAGGAGCGGAAGUAAAGAGAGUCUCAUGUCAGAUACUCAGAAGAGGAAAAAGGGUUGAAUAUAAUUCGUGAAAACUCAGGAAAGGGAAAUGGACAGAGAAUUGAAAGUAAUUCAGAUUUUUUAUUAAGUCUGACAAGGAAGUUGAUGCAAUCACAGGAGAGCAGAAAAUCAAGUCUUAGGCAAAGGAACUGAAAGCAGAAUCAAUAGUUGGAGUAGAAAAUUGAGUUUUCGUGCAAUGUUCACUCCCUUAAUGAUUGAGAUUCAAAUCGAGUAUAUGUCUAUGAUCUAUCUGGGCUGACUUCUGCAAUGUGACUGUUGCGCUCUCUUCGUUAUUGAAAAUUCUCUGUGAAGAAUUUUUUGCUUCUA